AUGCAUCCUUCAGACAGGCAGGUGUGUCGACCACACUCCUCCGGACGCAUUGGUGGAGACGUUCAUCCUUUACCAACUCCUCAAGAUGAUCUGUUGAAGCAUAGCGGCCGUCAGUUUCUUGCUGUUGGGUCUGAGAUCGUCGAUCAUCUGCCCUCGGGGGUCGCUCAGAAGCCUGGCGCACCGUUUGUUGCCUUCUGCAUUCACAACAUCGCCUACCAAGGCAGAUUCGCCUUCGCAGACUUUUCGCUCCUCAAUCUCCCCGAUUCUUUUAAAAGUUCUUUUGAUUUUAUUGAUGGAUAUGAUAAACCUGUCAAAGGAAGAAAAAUUAAUUGGAUGAAAGCUGGAAUAUUAGAAACAGACAAAGUCUUGACAGUGAGUCCAUACUAUGCCAAAGAACUUAUCUCUGGGGUAGAAAAAGGGGUGGAGUUGGAUAACAUCCUCUCCAAAACCGGCAUUAUGGGGAUUGUGAAUGGCAUGGAUGUUCAAGAGUGGAACCCCUUAACCGACAAAUAUAUUACUGCCAAAUAUGAUGCUUCAACUGUAAUGGAAGCAAAACCUCUUCUGAAAGAAGCCCUCCAAGCAGAAGUUGGAUUGCCAGUGGAUAGAAGUAUUCCGGUCAUAGGCUUCAUUGGCAGGCUUGAAGAGCAAAAGGGUUCAGACAUCCUUGUAGAAGCUAUCCCUCAGUUUAUAGAUGAGAAUGUUCAGAUAGUGGUUCUUGGGACAGGCAAGAAGGCAAUGGAGAAGCAGCUUGUGGAAUUAGAGAAAAACUACCCAAACAAAGCCCGAGGGGUGGCGAAAUUCAAUGUUCCAUUGGCUCAUAUGAUAAUAGCCGGCGCUGAUUUCAUAUUGGUUCCGAGUAGAUUUGAGCCAUGUGGUCUUAUUCAGCUACAUGGGAUGCGCUAUGGAUCUAUACCCAUUGUUGCCUCAACUGGUGGGCUGGUUGACACUGUCAAAGAAGGCUUUACUGGGUUUCAGAUGGGAGGCUUUAGUGUUGAAUGCGACACUGUUGAUCCUGCAGAUGUGACUGCAGUAGCAACAACUGUGAAACGGGCCCUUGCAACCUAUGGCACUCCAGCUAUUACUGAAAUGAUCAAGAACUGCAUGGCUCAAGAUCUUUCCUGGAAGGUAAGAGCAAACAAGAACCUAAUAUGUUGCUUAUCUAGCUUUUAGAGAUUUGAUGGCGGGAAUCCUACGCUCAGUUGUUUUUAGCAGAAAACGUGUUCUUACAAAAACAUUUUCCGUGAAAAAUGUUUCUGAUGUUUGGUCAUGACAUUGAAAUUAGUGUGGUAGUGCUUAUACUAGUGGUGGUGGUGGCGGCGGCGGCAAUGGAAUGGUGGUAGUGACGGUGGUGGCAGUAGUAGUGGCGGCAAUGGUGCUUUUUUAGCGGUGAAGUCAGGAUUUUAACUCAGAAGGAGCAUCACUGAAUUAAAAUCUUAACAAAAUUCAUAAUCCAAUUUAAUUUAAUUUUUAUUUGAUAACAGAAUUAAAAAUUAGUGUGAUGCAAAAAUUAUAUUUAAGGAUAAGCUCAAGUUAAGCAGUUAAAUUAUAUAAAGAUGCACACACAAAAAGUGAUAUAGCGAGGGAUGGAGAAAGAAAUAAAAGAAAUGGCGAAUAAAUAAUAUAUAGGGACCGCUAUAUAUCAUUUUUUUUUUUUCACCGCUUUGAAUUACAUAAUCACAUGGCAAUAUAUUAUUAGUUAUUAUUAAUUAUGUAAUAAUUAUUUAUAAACAAA